AUGGGUGUUGGAAAUGUACUACUACGUGUCUUUGGCACUGGCAUCAGGGUCUUGCAAUUCCUCGCCGCAGCCGUUAUUCUCGGCAUCUUCUCCUACUACCUUGCCGUGUUGAAGGACCACCACUUGACCAUCGCGACAUGGAUUCGCGCCGCCGAGGGUUUGUCCGGUGCUGCGUGCCUGUACGCGCUCCUGGGCUCCCUGCUUACCAUCUGCUUGGCCGGCAUUACCUUUUUCGGCUUCAUCGCCAUGGCUCUUGAUGUCUGCUUUGUCGGCGCCAUGAUUGCCAUUGCCGUCCUCACUCGUGACGGCACCCAGACCUGCUCUGGCAACGUGAACACGCCCCUGGGCAGCGGUCCCACAAACUCCAACGCCGAUGGCUAUGGCAAAGACGGAUUCGGCUUUGGAAGCGGCGAGACCGUGACCUACUUGCCUAAUCUGGGUCUUGCCUGCCGCCUGGAAAAGACUGCUUUUGCUGUCUCCAUCAUCGCCGCGGGCCUCUUCGUCAUCUCCUUCUUCCUCCAGAUCCCAAUAGCCCGCAGUCACAAGCGCGAAAAGCGCUUCGGCCCUUCCCCUGCCAACGGAUACACUUCUGGAAGCACUCGCAACCGCUUCUGGCGCCGCAACAAGAAGACCAAUCCUGAUACUACCGGCAACGUUCUUCCUGGCCAUCCUACCCCUGGCGAGAUCGAGGGCGGCUACAAAGCCGAGGCCGAAGCCAACACUCGAUUCUAA